AUGGCGUCCUACGGCGGCGGCGGCGGCAGCUCGUGGCCGACGAGCCUGGACACGCCGGAGACGGACGAGCUCAUCUGUCUCGGGUUGAUGGUGCCGCCGGGCUGCCGUCUGCCGCGCGUGUUCCACAUCACCGCCGACGGGUACCCGACGAGGGGGGCCGGUGCGACGACGGCCGAGCUCCGCCAGCACGACGGCGGCCGGUGGAACAUCGUCCGCCGCACGAGGUUUUGGAAGGGCAAAGACUUCUGGGCCGUCGUCGCGCAGUCCCGUCGGGAGAUGUGGACUGGCGGCUCGUCAUCGGGCCCGGGCGGCUCGUCGUCUGUCCCGCGCCGGCCCCGACAUCCCCCUCCGGCAGCCGCGCCGUCUCCGAGCUCGUCCUGCCGUCCGGUUCCCGCCAUCGCCCGGCCCGCCUCCCCUCCCGUUGUCGAGAUCCCGCCAGAGCAGUUCGCACUGCGCGAGGACAGCAACCCCGACGACUGCCCCGGCUACCUCAUCGCACUGCGGGUGUCGCAGGCAGAAGCGGCGGCCGCUGCGGCGAGAGAGGCCGACGAGCUGCAGGCCGCACUCGGCGCAGCGGCGGCAGCAGAGGCCGCCGAGCUGCAGGCCGCACUCGGCGCGGCGGCGGCCAUCGAAGCGGCCAGGGGGACGACGGCUACUGGGAGGAUGGUGGCAAGAGCAGCGACGACGGCGACGGUGACGACGACGCUAGGAUGGACUACCUAUGCAUAUGGACCCGGGUAUGAUAGCAAGACAUGCACGCCGUCCAAGUUCAGCUCGGAGACUGAGAAUGCCAGGGAGAGCCGCUGCGGCCGCCCGCUUGGCCUACGGUUCGACCAGAAAUCAGGCGACCUCUACGUGGCCGACGCGUACAAGGGGCUGAUGCGGGUAGCGCCGGGCGGCGGGGAGGCCACCGUGUUGGUCAACCAGGUUGACGGUUAUCCUCUGCGCUUCACCAACGGUGUUGACGUUGAUCAAGUUACGGGAAAGGUCUACUUCACCGAUAGCUCGAUGAACUAUCAAAGGUCGCAGCAUGAGAUGGUCACUCGCACAGGAGACUCGACGGGCCGCCUCAUGAGCUACGACCCACGGACAUCGGAUGUCACGCUGCUCCAGGCGGGCAUGACGUACCCCAACGGCGUCGCGCUCAGCGCCGACCGCACCCACCUCGUGGUCGCAUCUACCGGACCAUGCAAGCUACUGAGGCACUGGAUCAAAGGGGUCAACGCAGGCACAUCCGAGCCUUUUGCCGACCUGCCCGGCUAUCCAGAUAACGUGAGGCCCGACACCAAAGGAGGCUAUUGGGUGGCGUUGCACCGCGAGAAGAAUGAGUUGCCCUUUGGUCGUGAUAGUCAUCGUCUCGCUGUCAGGGUCGGUAAUGAUGGGAAGAUAGUCGAGGAGAUGAGAGGGCCAAAGAAGGUGAGGCCCACCGAGAUUAUGGAGAGAAGCAAUGGCAAGAUCUACUUUGGUUCGGUAGAGCUUCCUUAUGUCGGCGUUGUUAAGCGCAAGUAGAGAACUAUUGCAGUAGAUGCAUCGGA